UACUCUGUGUGUGUGUGUGUGUGUGUGUGUGUGUGUGUGUGUGUGUGUGUGUGUGUGUGUGUCUGUACACUUGGUGCCACAGUGAGGAUUACAAGAAGAUGUACAGGGAACAGAUGUCCGAGUCCAGGGAUUGGAGAACUCGAACUGAAACAUGUAAGGCGAAUGUCGGACGGUUGGAAAAGCAGCUGAUGGAUACUCACCAGUCUUUGAGUGAGUGCAGGAAGGAUUUGCGUAACGAGGAGAAAUCAAACAGGGACGCUCAAGAGGGAUACAACCUUUGCACGGACGAAUCAGUUCUCUUGCAGCAGAACUUGACAUCUGCUACGGAGAGGCUCGAUCAUUGUGAACAGAAACUUCGCACCGCAACCCGGUAAGAGUUAAGCCACCUGAUCAUUGUGAACAGAAACUUCACACCACAGUUGGGCCCAGUUCCCAGCUAAUAAUGAAAUUGUUUACUUUUG